UUCAAUCACCGGAAGCCAAUAUUCACACUUGGAUAUGGUCUGCCGGUGAUCGUAGGUUUUCCCCCAAAUCUCAGCAAUCUUGGACAUAGCCAGCAAACUUUCCGGACAUUUGAGGCUAACUUCAAAUAUGUAACUCACUUUGAAACAUUUGAGCUAACUUCCGGAACCCUGAACUCCAAAACAUAUCCAAAAUUCAAACAUGUCUCGUCUAUCGGCUUUCAGCAGGAUGCCGCGAUUUCUUUCCGGGUCGCUCCGCAUAAGGCCUGCGGAUUCCAUACGCUGGAGGUCAGAUGACUGUGAUAAAUUUUUACGACCAAAGAGCUCCAGGAAUGCAAAUCGAAGACGCCGAAAAUUCAAUGUCGAUAACUUCGAGGGACAAGCGUACGAUCUGUACGUCCAUACCGAGCGGAAAUCAAAAGCCGCUACAACUUCUGAUCUCAAGAUCAGAUCUUCUGAGCUCCCCGAUGAAAAGGACGAGGAUAUGACCGCUACGUGGAACUUCAAGCCCAACGAACUGGACGUAGAUGCCCAAACUAAUCUGACGAAUUCCAAGGACGGUAUCAAAAUAUCUGCGUUGAGUGACUACCAAUACGCCGAGAAUCCCAGUCCCAAGCGGGAGGACUCUAUUAGUUAUCCACUGCGGUCUCUACGGGAUCGUCUGGCCCUUCAAGUGAAUUCAAAAGAACCGGAUCCUCAGUUCAUCGACUACGUCCACGAAAACUUGAACGAAAUGAUUAAAGAAAUACGUGAGAUAUCAGGCCUCCUGAGAACGUUGGAGAAUACGGAAAAUCCAGCGAUCGCUUGCCAAAAUAUAGGAUCCGCUUAUGUGGGGCCCGAGAAUGCUUCUUGGGGCUAUCUUCAUUCCAAACAAAGACAAAGCCACAAAACUCUCCUAGGGUCUGUUGAAUCGGAAAUUAGUUCAUUAAAAGACGUCUUAAAGGAACAUAAAGCGGAGGAUGAAAAGUUAGUGGAGGUUUUUCAAGCACAUGAAGUUAUAAGUCUUUUGAAAAAGCUGCCUGUCUUCAGGGAGAUGGAGGCUUCUAGACAGCAGCAAACAGCUCAGGUGGAAACCAAGGAAGACGCUCCUCAAGAUGCCGAUUCUCACGAGUCCACAUCUGAAGUUUCAGAAAUAACCGAUGACGACGAUGAUCCUUUUCAAGAGGACUUUGGAGCUCCCUUAAUCUCGGCAUACGAACUGGAUCCGCAAUCGUAUCUAUUGGAUUAUGAUUCAGUGGCUGACGGAAAUCGAUUGGCUUGCACCGCGGAGGCUGAACCUCUCCAGUGGAUGUCUUCCGACGAAAACAAGAACAUUCCUCACGCAAAUCCGAGCCAUCAGAAAUCCAAGAAGGCCGGUGACCAAAACCCGCAAAACCCAUCCGCUAAUCCUAAAGAAGACAUCCAUACCUACAGACCCUUCAAGACCAUCGUAGUGCCGGCUAAUAAGCCAAACCGCAGUAUGAGCUUAAAGGCCUGUAACAAAAAAGCCACGAUGAAAGGGUCACAAACUAUGGAGGAUGAAGUGCAUCCGUUUCAGGACAAGAGAUACAACGUUUGGGCCGAACUUCCGGAGGCCGAGUCGCGGCAUUUAAUGAGAUUGGCUUUGAGGCAGGCUCUAAAUAAUUUAGAGGAAGGAAAAAACCAGUAUGUUGCUACCAUUCUGAUGGCCAAGCCGAGUGAUAUUACUAACCAAUAACUAGCUGUCCUACCUAAAAUAUUGUAGUCUGCGAACCUGGUAACUUCUGUGUAAAGCCAGAGGAAAGUUUUUCUAAAAUCUUUAUGCCGUAGAUAAAAAAUCCUCCAACCAAUUGAGACACAAAAAUAAUUCAAA